AUGGAUUUUUCGACUUGGAGGACCUCGUCCAACCUGUCCCGAGAUAGCGACGCUGCCGAGACACUCGAGAUCCGCCUCCAAGAGCUCACCAACAUCCUAAGCGACGAGAGCCGCCGACCUCUUCCACAUCCAUGCAUCCAGUACUGCUCGCUCAAGCAGAUCUACAUCCCCAUCGGCAAGAUCGCCACGACUUCGUACAAUGAGUGGAUCAUCAAGGAAGCUGUCCUCUUCUUUGCGACUCUGAUUGAGAGCGAAGAGGAAGCUUUCGUCGAGAACCAGACCUUUGCCGCCAGCUUGACCAACCUCCUCGUCCGCAUCACCGGCGUUAAUAGUGUGCGCCUCGGCCUGGAUACCGAGUCGCGCGUUGUCGAGCUUGCAUUCAACAUCACCACCAAGAUCCGGCUGGACCCGAGUAUCUUGCCAGCAUGGUUCAAGACGCACCGCGGCGUGGCGCUCCAGCAGAGGGAGAAGGACGACGAUACUCGCGAGGCGUUUGUUGGGCGGACGCAACGAGCCGACUUUCCUCUGUUUUACAUUCUCAUGGAUUAUAUCCAUCAUGAGGGCAAGGUGGGCGACUUUGCACGGACGGGCUUGCUCUACAUCAUCGAGGCGGCGUCGAGCUCUGGACCGUUGGAGCAGUGGAUUGUCGAGAGCGAUCUGUCGACCUUGAUGGCCACUGGUCUCGGUGCUCUGUACAGCCAGCUGAGCCGCAAGUUGGUGAUCGACCAUCUCCCUCAUGACCUACCUCCUAUUCUUGCCUUCUCCGACUACGAACAUCCUACUUCUAAUUAUGAGAUUAUCAGCUCGUGCUCCCCCGAGUUUCAGUCCCACCUUGAGGUUUUCCUAUCGCAUCUUUUGUUUUGGCAGGAUGUCUUGAACCACUGUCGGUCGGUGGAGGUCAAGUCGACUCUGCUGGAACACUUUCAAGUUAUUUUUCUACAACAGCUAUUAUACCCCUCACUGCUCGAAUCCUCUGAUAUUGAUGGAGGCUCGUCAGUGGCUGUAUUGACUUAUCUACGACGCAUCCUCGAAUCCCUUGAUCACCCUGAUAUGAUUAACCUUAUUCUUCACUACCUUCUGGCCCUGCCCGACUCUGUAUCCUCUGGGCGACCAGGCUCGAGCUCCUCAGUUAGCAAGGCACGAAAGCGCAAGUCGAUGGAUCUUGCUACCAUGCUGGCCGAGAAGUCUGACAUUACGGCCACUCCUUUACUGUUCAACCUCGUGGAUCUCAUUCUUGCGUGUUUGAGGUCGCAAAACCAGCAGACAAUUCACGUCACUCUACAGCUGGUGUCGGCUAUUCUCAAGCGACACCACAGAUAUGCUGUCAUUACUCUCCUCAAAACCGAGAUCCUCCCUCUCCAGAAUACGGUUCGAACAGUUGGAGCGCAAGAACAAGAGGUCGAAUAUAUCAUGUCAUUGGCUGCAACAAUAGGAGGAGAUGACAACUUUGACGAGGUGUACGAGGCUGUUCUGAGGGAUACAAUGUCCAAGCUUGAAAGCCACCCAUGCUCACUCAAGCUUGUUGCGCCAAGGGUGUCGACAACCAACCAGCGACUCCCUGACAGCCUCCCUGGAGCUCCCAGGGACGUUGGAGAACAUACUCUCCGACCUGACGAUCCUCUCCUCAAUGCGCUACUGGAUCUUCUCGAGAACUUCUUUGUUAACCCAGUGGAGACCAAUCUCUCUGUGACGGAAACACUUGUCAACCUAGCCAUCUGCGGUUUUAUGAAGAUUGAAGGAUGGCUGGCGCGUAACCCAACUACGUACAAGUAUGAUGAGGAUGAAAAGAAGCAACGCAAGCAUGAAGAUGAUGAGACAGUGGACACCGAGAUGGACGAAGACCUUGAAGAGCUACCGACGUCUCCUGAGCAGGAGCAACUCAAGGCCAUGGAAAAGUGCCGACAACGGCCGCAAUGGUCACAAGCUUCUCUGCCGCGAGUGUUCAACGUCCUCAAGCUAUUGGAGGAGCAGGUUUUAUCAUACAAGCAGACCAUACCUCGCUUUGAAGAAUUGGUACAGCAACGGCGUGAUGCCUUUAAGACAGCAGAUCAGAUGCUGCACAGCUCAGGCCCUACUCCAAAGCCCACUCCCGCACAGCAGGACACGCCCGAUCGACGGAGCCUCGAGGAAGCCUCUCGCAAUGGAUCUCCAUCUCGACCUUCGGCGCUAGAGGGUCUAGCCCACCGUCUACUUUCAGAAUUGGGAACGCCUAGCCGCCCCAACAGUCCUCGAGGACGCAAAGAGCUAUCUCGAAGCUCUGGAAGCGGUAGCGGGACACAUGGCAAGUCAGGCUUGGCUCCCUCGAAGGAGCUCUCGCACAGCAGAGGACGAGGCACGCCGGGGCGUAGUCGGUCUCCAAACAAGGGACGGGAUCACACCGACCCAACCCAGAAGGCCAAGGAGGAGGCGCUUGCCCGACAGAUGGCAGAGUUUGCGGCGAUGGAUCAGACCAUUCUUGCUAAGAGGGUUGGUUUACCAGAACCUAAAAUCGACCCCAUUCCUCUUACGUUUGAUAAGAAGCCAAUGCCCGAGCCGGUUGAGACAGCAGAGGCGGAGGAAUUUGAAGAUGCUAAUCCAGCGUCCCCUGCUGCUGAGAACAAGGACGAAACAAAGACGGAGGGUGAUGAGAUUGGGGCUGUCGAAGCCGUUUCCCCUGAACAGGAGGACUCUAAACCCGAGGCUGGAGAGACUGCGAAGGUUGAAGAGGCUGACAAAGUCGAAGAGGUCGCUCAAACCGAGGAUAAGGAGGUUGCCAAGACUACUGAAGCUGAUGCCCCUGAAGUGGAUGCCCUUGAAGCUGAAGCUCCAACUGAUGCUCUAGCUGAGACUCUAAAGGCCCUAGAGGCUGAGGCUCCCGAUGCUGUCGCCUCCAAAGAAGAGAACAUCCCAGAGAUUAUCGAACCCCCAACCCCUGAGGCCAAGACGGAGAAGGAGCCUCCAGUCACAGUGUCGGUCUCUCACAUCGUCACCAACGUCAUCAUCCUACAAUCCUUCCUGUUCGAACUGGCGAGUCUUGUCCAAGUCAGGGCGGGUCUAUUCGACGAGGUGCGGUUCGUGUAG